AUGGCAGAGGGUGGUAGCAGAAAACGAACCUCACUUACUCAAGAUGAAGCGGAAACAUCUCACAGUCAGAAGAGUCACAGUGAUGCUUCUCAUGAUGAAUAUGAAUCUCCUGAUGAAGGAAGCAUCCACAGGGCCCCAAAGUUCACAGAUGAUGAAACAGACACCCUCAUUGACCAAGUUAUUCAUCAUACAUGUCAGCUAUUUGGUCCCGAAGCUUUUAAUGUACACCAGAAAUUUAAAAAUAAUACUUGGGAAGAAAUAGCAAAAUCUGUGUCUACAGCUCGAGAUAUACAUCGAACUCCUGAAAGCUGCAAAAAGAGACUACGUGACUGUUCGUUUACAACAAUUUCAAGGAAAGUUUCUUUAUCAGAAACAAAAACAGUUAUGACAGACAAUUUUCCUUCAACUGCGGAUGAACCAUCAGUGAUGCCACAUAUUUUAACAUUGGACAAUCCUUCCAUGGUGGCCGAACCAUCAAUGCUGCAUCAUGAUGCAACAGUGGACCAUGCUACCAUGUUGGACCAACCAUCAAUGCUGCAACAUACUUCGACAGUGGAUGAUACUUCCUUUGUGGCCGAACCAUCAAUGCUGAAACAUUCGGCAAGAGUGGAUGAUCCUUCCACGGUGGACCAAACAUCAAUGAUGCAAGAAUAUUAUUCUGUGGUUCACAGUUCCACUACGGUAGAGACUUCCACGGUAAAUGAAACAUCCAUGAGGCAAGAAGGAUCGACAAUGGAUGAUACUUCCACGGAGGAUGGAAAUUCAACCAUGCAAAACCCUUUAAUGUUAGAUAAAGCCAUAGAAAGCAACAUGGUGCCUGCCACACAGACACAGGAUAAUAUUAGUGAGGAGCCUGUAUUGAAUAGCCAGCAAAGUAAUAUUGAUACAGAAGAUACCAACCAGGUGGAAUUGAAUGCAGAGACUGCACAUUCUAGUGUAAUUGGCCAUGGUCUUCAAGACCAAUUCCUGGACUCUACAAAUCAAGAAUGGGAAGUUAGCAGAUCACAAACCAUUACCCAACAGGAUUCUUUAAAGGAAGCCAUGCAGCUAAUUGAGAGGAAUAGAAAUGAAGAAAUUAAAAGAAUUGAACAUAAAAUAAAUCAGCUGAAUAAUAAUAUAGAGAUUCUCAACACCACACAAAGACAACAGAAUCAAGCACUUGUCACUCUUGCAAAUUUUUACGAUCAUCUUGUUUCAUCACAGAAUGUGGCAGCAACCAACUCCCAACAGAUGCAGCACAGUAUAAAUGAGAUGCUAGCGUGGCAGUAUGAGACUAUCACCAUCACACGCAUGAUUUCCACUUUCAUGCAACUCAGGAACAGAUGUAUCCACCACUUUACCAGGACCCUUUGUAUCCACCACUGCAACAGUAACCUAUGUAUCCACCACUUUACCAGUAUACUCUGUAUCCACCGCUGCAGCAGGUACCAAUGUAUCCACCACUUUACCAGUAUACUCUGUAUCCACCGCUGCAGCAGUAACCUAUGUAUCCACCACUUUACCAGUAUACUCUGUAUCCACCGCUGCAGCAGGUACCAAUGUAUCCACCACUUUACCAGGACCCUAUGUAUCCACCACUGCAACAGUAACCUAUGUAUCCACCACUGCAACAGUAACCUAUGUAUCCACCGCUGCAGCAGGUACCAAUGUAUCCACCACUUUAACAGGACCAUAUGUAUCCACCACUUUACCAGUAUACUCUGUAUCCACCGCUGCAGCAGGAACAGAUGUAUCCACCACUUUACCAGGACCCUAUGUAUCCACCACUGCAACAGUAACCUAUGUAUCCACCGCUGCAGCAGGUACCAAUGUAUCCACCACUUUACCAGGACCCUAUGUAUCCACCACUGCAACAGUAACCUAUGUAUCCACCACUGCAACAGUAACCUAUGUAUCCACCGCUGCAGCAGGUACCAAUGUAUCCACCACUUUAACAGGACCAUAUGUAUCCACCACUUUACCAGUAUACUCUGUAUCCACCGCUGCAGCAGGAACAGAUGUAUCCACCACUUUACCAGGACCCUAUGUAUCCACCACUGCAACAGUAACCUAUGUAUCCACCACUUUACCAGUAUACUCUGUAUCCACCGCUGCAGCAGGUACCUAUGUAUCCACCACUUUACCAGGACCCUAUGUAUCCACCACUGCAACAGUAACCUAUGUAUCCACCACUUUACCAGUAUACUCUGUAUCCACCGCUGCAGCAGGUACCAAUGUAUCCACCACUUUAACAGGACCAUAUGUAUCCUACACUUUACCAGGACCCUAUGUAUCCACCACUGCAGCAGGACCCUAUCUAUCCACUACUUUAACAGGACCCUAUGUAUCCUCGACAUUAUCAGGACCCUAUGUAUCCAUCCCUGCACCAAGACCCUAUGUAUCCACUACUUUUACAGGACCCUAUGUAUCCUCCACUUCAGCAGGACCCUAUGUAUCCAUCCCUGCACCAAGACCCUAUGUAUCCACUACUGUAACAGGACCCUAUGUAUCCUCAACUUUAGCAGGACCCUAUGUAUCCAUCCCUGCACCAAGACCCUAUGUAUCCACUACUUUUACAGGACCCUAUGUAUCCUCCACUUUAGCAGGACCCUAUGUAUCCACCACUGCAACAGAACCCUAUGUAUCCACUACUGUAACAGGACCCUAUGUAUCCUCAACUUUAGCAGGACCCUAUGUAUCCAUCCCUGCACCAAGACCCUAUGUAUCCACUACUUUUACAGGACCCUAUGUAUCCUCCACUUUAGCAGGACCCUAUGUAUCCACCACUGCAACAGAACCCUAUGUAUCCACUACUGUAACAGGACCCUAUGUAUCCUCAACUUUAGCAGGACCCUAUGUAUCCAGCCCUGCACCAAGACCCUAUGUAUCCACUACUUUUACAGGACCCUAUGUAUCCUCCACUUUACCAGGACCCUAUGUAUACAACACCUUACAUGGAGACUAUGUAUCCACUGCUGAUAGAGGCCUCUAUUUAUCCACCACUGCACCAGGGCCCUAUUUAUUGAAGCCAACACCAGGACACUCACAAUCCACUACUGGACAAAUUGCCUCAGAAUCCCCCGCUGACUCUGGACCCUCAGAAUCCACCGCUGCACCAGGAAAGUAUAAAUCCACCGCUGCACCUGGACCCUCUGAAUACAGCACUGAAAACACAAAUUUGAGAACCAUAGCUGUAGCAUCAGAAGUGCAUUCAAGAUUGGAAUUGGCUUAUCGACCUAGCUCAAGCUAUGAUGAGAAUAUGGAUCUUCGAGUAAGAUUAGAGCGUGCAAAUAUUCAAAUUCAAAAUUGGAAGAGACAGGAAGAUAACGAUGAGGAUGAAGCUUAAAUAUUAAAGAUAUGUCACAAACGGUCUUGGGAGACAGAGUGAAGGAACUGAAGACAGAGGGAUACAGAGUCAUCCAUGUGUCCUGUUUGAAAAGACAAAUCGAUAAUAGGAAUAUACUUUCUGAGAUACUUCAAGUCGUGCAUUCCUGAAAAUGUUCUAAUUUUUUUUUGUUUUGUUUUGGUUUGUUCAUGGUGGGGGGGUUCAGAUACUAAUAUGUUCAAGAUAAAAAUAGAGAAAAUAUAUGUACAGACACAUAUUCCAU